AUGGCACCAGCACCAAGAAAAAGAACAAGGAAGCGGAAGAGAAGAGCAGCUGUUUCCAGCUCUGAAUCAGACUCUUCUUCAGACUCACCCUCCAGCAACGAGUCCGCACAUCCACCGACAUCGCUACACAAACCUAUUAUCUCUUCAAGUUCAUCAUCGGAUUCAGACUCGGAUUCGGAUUCAUCAGACUCUUCUUCCUCCAGUUCCGAUGCAUCCCUCAGAGCCGCAAAGACGAAAACACAAUUGAAUGUUGCUGGAGCGUCAGCGCCGAAAAAUCUGAGGCACUUGUCGUCCUCGCCGUCACCCCCACCAGCGGACCUACCUUCUUUCCUACCCGUACCAGGAAACUCAAAUAAUGGAGAUCGGGAAUUGAAGGAACAGGAAAUGAAAGAUCGCUUCCGGCAAUUCUGGAUGGCCUCGGUCUCUGAUGCUUUCAAAGAUGAUUUGGAGGAGAUUAGAAAGGAGCACGACUUUGGCGCGACGCGCUUGGGGCUGUUAAUCGAUGCAUUGGCUGGUGGUACGGAGGUCUUCAAGCCGGGAGGGGAGAUGGAGGUUGUUCUUGAGUGA